AUGAGCGAAGAUAGGCUACAGAGUAUCAUAAAGAAUCCGCAGGAUAUUUUCAAACUCAAAAGUUCCACUCCUAGGGAGCCUCGUUCUUCAAAUUUCUUUAACGAUUUAACGAAAUCAUUCAUAAAUCCACUAGUCAAGGACUACUCUGUACUAGACGAGUUGUACAUAGAUGGGUUGGAUUCAACACAAGUCUUUGGACAAGCAAAAAUUGUACUCGAUGGCAUAGGAAGGCGAUUGUUGGGGGAAGAUAUUCCCGAUAUUCGAGAACAGAUAAGCAAAACUGGUAAAGACGUGCGAGAACAAGGGUCCGAAGACGAGGAGGAUGUUUCGGAGUCUGAAGAAGAAGAAGCGGAAGCGGAAGGGAAAGGGAAGGUAGAAGAGUUGGAGGAGAGUGAUUUCAAGGAAGAGGAGGAUGAAGAUGAAGAUGAAGAUGAAGAGACACUAGUGGGAGACGAAGAACAAGGAGAGUUUCAAGCUGAAGACGAUGAUGUAGAUGAAGACGGAGACAAUGACGAGGACGGGGACGACGACGAGGCGUCAGGACAGGAGCCGGCACACCAGAAGGACGCAUUUGGCUUAAAUGAUGGAUUUUUCGACAUUGAUCAGUACAACAAACAGGUCUUGGCGAUGGAAAAUGACGACCAAGAUGAUGGGGACGACUCUGAGGAAAUUGACUACUUUGCAAGUCUAAGUGACGGUGACGGCGACAACGGCGACGAGGAAGGGGCAGAGGAAGAACAAAUGGAUUACUACGACGACUUUUACGAUAAGCCUGGCAAGUUCAAAAAAGCAACCCCCAGGAGAAGAACAGGUGAUGAUGAUGCAUCGGACAACGAGGACAAGGAAGAAGAAUAUAGCGAAGGGGAUUUUGCAGACGAAGAAUACGACCAAGCGAUUGAUUCCGCUAGACUUGACUUGUUUGCCGAUGAGCCCAGACAAGACCCCGUGAAAAACUCAAAGGGAGAAAACUUGUCUUCGUUUGAAAAACAGCAGCGCGCAUUGCAGCAAGAAAUCGCCAAAUUGGAAUCGGAGUUGGUGGCUGAUAAAAAAUGGACUUUAAAGGGAGAAGUCACCUCUAAUGAAAGACCAAAGGAGUCGCUACUAGAAGAAAAUGACAUUUCAUUCGACCGCACAGCAAAGCCCGUGCCGACGGUGACUGAGGAAAUGACCGAGAGCAUAGAAGACUUGAUUCGGAAAAGGAUCAAAAACGACGACUUCAACGAUCUUCCACGAAGAAUUGUGCAGGACUUGUCGCGAUUCCACAAGGGACCUCAAGCUGAGGUCUCGGAACAGAAAUCGACGCGAAACUUGGCUGAGCUUUACGAGGACGAGUACAACAAGGUUGACGCUCAACAAGAAGCAUUAAACGACGAAGAAAAAAGGCAGCACGAGGAAAUCAGCGAGUUGUUCAUGAAAGUGACCCAUAAACUAGAUGCAUUAUGCUCCGCUCACUUCAUACCCAAGCCACAUGAAACCAAAAACAUUGAAAUAAAAGUGACAGACGCGAGCGCUCCCUUGGUCAGCAUGGAGGACGCGCAACCCUUGCAUGUUUCAAGUGAUGCCAGACUCGCACCGCAGGAGGUGUACAAGAUCGGUGACGAUGCAGCCAAGGGCAACGGGGCCAAGGGCAAAUCGGAAGUUCAGCUAAAGUCGGGUCUUUCUUAUUCAAAAGACGAAAUUGAUCGCGAUGAUAAACAGAGGCUUAGACGAGCCAACAAGAGGAAAAAGGCUAAAAACUUUAAGGAAAGAGAAGAGCACAAGAGACAACGGACGAUGCAGGAACCAAAGAGGCAAGACGGGAAAUCGAAUGCCGGCGAGGUUGUCGAUACUUUGUCUAGGGCCAAGAACGUUACUGUUAUCGGCAAGAAAGGCGAGUUUAGGGACGCAAAGGGCAACUUGAAGAAGAAUGGUGGUGGCCCUCAAACUUCGCAAAAUUUCAAGCUAUAG